AUUGAUUGUUGAAUCAUAUUUGGAAAUAUGAAUAAGAAGUCUCUGGCGUUACUUGCCACAACCAUUUCGACGAAGCUCCGCGUUCCACCUUCUCAAUGGCGAUUCUACUGUUCUCCACCCUUAUCUUCCUCUCCUCCUUCCACCAAUAAGCUCUUUGUUGGAGGGUUGUCAUGGUCAGUGGACGAAAAGUCCUUCAAAGACGCUUUCUCUUCGUUCGGAGAUGUCACUGAAGUUAGGAUAGUGUAUGAUAAAGACAGUGGCAGAUCUAGAGGCUUUGGAUUUGUCGUCUUUACAAAUGAAGAUGAUGCCAAAUGUGCAAAGGAUGCAAUGGAUGGAAAAGCACUGUUAGGUAGACCAUUGAGGAUAAAUUUUGCUCUUGAAAAGGCCCGUGGUGCACCUGUUGUAGUUCCUCGACUUUCAGAUGUUGGACAUUUAAACAGGCACUGAACUAAAUUCUUGUGACAGUGAAUCAUAUAUUACACAUUAGCUGAUAGUUACAAAACUUGAAUUGGUUGUCAUAUACAAUCAGGAGAGAAUGACAUUUACUAGCAGCUGAAGAAGGUUGCUCAAUCGAUUUUUAAAAUCUGCAUUGAAGCAGUCCUGUAGUCAGGUCAUCAUUGUAUUGUUCAUUGAGAAAGUUUCUGCAAUACGAUAGAUCAUGUUUGAUGC